GUGGGAAAGGAGAGCUGAGCUAGUUGUGGCCGGGACACCGACAUAUGUGCCAUCUGUUUCAGGAGACUACAUGGGAUGGUAUUACAGCAUCACUCGUUUGUUUGUGUCUCCUUCGUUCAGACUCCCUACUCAUCAUUAUCAGCCUAGUUCCUUAGCUUUGCAUCUUACGACACGAGCUUUGCAGCGCAUACAUCAGCGGGCUACUGCCACAGUGACUGAUAGUCCUGAUGUGGACUUGUAUGGACAGGCUCUCACAGGCAUUGCGUCCUUGUGUUCAGAUGUGUUGGGGCGAGUCGACUACGGCCAUCUUAUACACAUGCCCCCAUCUCAGGAGAUGCCAUCCACGUCUAGUGCAGCGGCGGCUUCAUCAUCCCAGAC